UGAUGGGUUAGGACCACGCCGGGGUGCCACACAGUGCCUGGCAGGGUGGGUUGGGGCUUGUCACUGAAGCAGAGAGCGAUUCUGGUACCCCAAAGUCAUCGUGUGUGUCUCAUGCUCUGCUGAGCGGGUGUCAUGUCUCCACACCUCCUCCUGCUGCUGGCCAGCCUCGGCCCUGGCAACUGCCUCCAGCUUUGGGAUACCUGGGGAGAUGGAGCCGAGGAAUCCCCAGGCCCCGCUCUUUCCCGGGCACGGCGACAGGUCGAUGAUGAGGAAGACUAUGAUGACUAUUUUCCAGAGGCCACAGAGCCUUCCCAAACACUCCAGAUGGCCGCAGACCCUGAGCCUGUGACUAUGGUGGACUUGUUGGAGCAGAGGGCAUCUGUGGUGCCUGGGAGCCCCAAUCUAACCUCUGUGGAGACUGCCACCAGAGGCUUGGCUGGCCUUGAUGCAAGAGGGGAUGCCGUGGGGAGGCUGAGCACAGGACUGGUCACACAGUGGCAGCCAACCACAGUGCACCUGGCCACAGAACUGACCUCUGUGGCUACUUCUGUUACGGACGCUCCAUUUACAGAGGAGGCUCGUUCUGCAGAGCCAGCCACCAGGGAGGUUCUGUCUAUGGGGCUAGCAACCACAGAAGCAGAGACCAUGCAGCCAGCAACCACGAAAGCAGAGACCAUGCAGCCAGCAGCCACGGAGGCAGAGACCACACGGCCAGCAGCCACGGAGGCAGAGACCACACGGCCAGCAGCCACAGAGGCAGAGACGACACGGCCAGCAGCCACGGAGGCAGAGACCACACAGCCAGCAUCCACGGAGGCAGAGACCACACGGCCAGCAUCCACGGAGGCAGAGACCACAUGGCCAGCAGCCACAGAGUUUCUUCCUAGGAAGCCCAAAGUCAUAGGGAUUCCGGUCAUAGAGCCAGCUGCCACAAGCACCACAAUGUCCGUGUCCGAAGAAUCUACUGACUCUGUCACCUUUCUUGGGCCAUCUGUUACUCAUAAGGAUAACGCGGUGAUGGCCGGCAACUUCUCUGACAUCGGCAUAAAGAAUGAGCAGGUUGUCACUCCUGGGAGUUCCGUGAUCCCCAGCUCCACAGGGACCUCAGACCGCAUCCCUGUGAGGCAGUGUCUGCUGGCCAUCCUCAUCCUGGCCCUGCUGGUCACUAUCUUCCUUGUCUGCACGGUGGUCCUGGCAGUCCGCCUCUCCCGCAAGAACCACACAUACCCCGUGCGCAAUUACUCCCCCACGGAGAUGGUGUGCAUCUCAUCCCUGCUGCCUGACGGAGGUGAGGAGGCCCCCAUCAUGGCCAAUGGGGACCUGCCCAAGAGCCAGGGCCACACGGCUGGCCCCACUGAGGACCGUGACGGGGACGACCUCACCUUGCACAGCUUCCUCCCUUAGCUCCUCGGCUGGGCUUCUGAGCAAGCCCCUGGCCCGUUCAUGCCCUUAACACCCACCCUCGCAUCUGCAAGACCACAGGCCUGGGCUUCUUAAGUGACCUCUGGGGGUAGGAAUCUUCAGGGACAGGGCUUUUGCUCAUCCCAAACAGGGCCAUAUGGCAGCCAAUGUCCUGUGGCUCCUGCCUUGUGGAGCCUGGAGGUCACCAGGCCAAGGACCACGGCACAGCUGUCGUUCCUGGACAGAUCCCCGUCCUGUCCCAUAUUGGAUCCAGACACCUUCUCGGGUCUCGUCCUUCCUGCAGGAUGCUGGAGCCGUGUCCCCACAUUCUCAAGAAAGACCACCUUGCCCCCCCCCCACCCUAUGGCCAUUUUCCUUGGCUGGCACCAUACCAGGAAGUACUUGGGGUGGGUGCUGAAGAGAGGGGCAUCCUGAGGCCAUGGCCUCGGUUCCUUCGCCCCCUAGUGAGGGCAGCUUGGGUUUUCCUGUAUGCCUUUCUGGGGAGCCCAGGGCGAGGCCCCAGCCUGAAGGGAUGGGGGUGUACUUGGAAGGAUAGAUCCUCUUUUGGGUCUGAGUGAGCCAAUGAACUGGCAGCUGGUGACAGAGUGACUCCACUUGCCCUCUCACAUUGCAGGGUGGGCUGUGUCUCCUGCGCUGCAGCCUCCUUCUCCUAGGGCCUGGCACAGCAAGGGCACUCAAUAAAUGUGUGGUGACCAGCGGUGGCUGGGUCUUUCAUGGUGCCCGGACUGUCACACCCCGUCCCUCAGCAUGCGUGGUGGCCAGGUCUCUCUUUUUGCUUUCAGCUCUAGGUUCCUCAGGAAGCACCUCACACAGACUUGUGGCCUGACGAGCAUGCUUCUCCUUGGACAACGAGGACAUCUUGGCCCAUCCUCAGGCAACCGGGGACAGCCUCAGGUUGUGAGGGAAAAUGGAGGCCUCAAGCUGGCCAAAGUCACACCUGUCAUCCCGGCACUCAGGAUGUACAGGCAGAGGCAGGAACACGCUGGGGUGGUUUCCAUUAGGGGGUCCCCAUAAGCUGAUGUGCUCAGGAUGCUAGGUCCCCAGCUGAUGGCAAUGUGGGAAUUGGAGCCUUGCUGGAGGAAGCGUGUUGUUGGGGGGCUGGCUUAGUAUUAUAGCCAGUUCCCCCCUUGCUGGUAUUCUGCAUGGUCUCCUAUUACCAUUGUCCCCCUGAUGUUGGCCAGGAGGUGAUGUCCAGCCUCUGCUCUUACCAUGUCCCCCCCCCAUCACAACUUCCCCUAAGUCUGUGAGCCAAA